GUACAUGUCAGUGUUGUUCUAGGCUCUCAUCCAUAGUACAAGCUAUAGACCUGAAACUUUGCAGUUAUGUAGUACCACAUAUGUACAACAAUCUACCAAAGUUUCAGCGAAUUUGCUUUUGGAGAAUGCGAGAACGGUGAAUUCUUAAAAUUGUUUCAGAACUUCUGGGACACCCUUUAUGUUUGAUCAAGAUGCGGCAGUUAUCAAUAUUCCAUAGUCGGAUCCAAUACUUCGCCUCGAUUAUAACGGCUGAUCGGAAAGUUUUUGCACAAGAUGUUUGUGCACUUUUGAUUCACUAGAAAGUAUUCUUAAUGAAUGAAAAGCUAUGAGUUAGCAUCAAAAUUUUGUACUCUUUCCGAAUAUGAACUUAGAAAUUUUGUGUCAGUUUCUGUUCGAGAGUAGUGAAACAAUCUUUGAAAGAACCAAAAAAUUGGUUUGGACGGAUCCUGUGGGUCACAGUUUCUAAUCAACAUAUUUAUUUGCUUUGACUAGCUUGAAAGUAUUUUAAGAUGAAUCAAAAUUAGGGAUCAGAAGCAAAAUUUUGCGCACAUUCUGAAUAUGGACCUACAAAUGUUGUAUCUGGUUUUGUUCGAGACUCAUGAGGAAAUCUUUGAAAGGCUUAAACAAUUAGUUUGGACUGCGAAUAAACAGAUUUUGCUAACGCAUACAAGUCCUUUUGGAAAGAUGCUAAAAAUUCUCGGAUUCGGUAGUAUUUUUCCAAGAGUCCGUUCCACGUCAAACGGUUUUUGCCAAAAAAACGAUUUUUCAAAAAUGACGAUUUAGGAAAAACGGAAAUUCAGAAGUCUUGUUCAAUGACAUAAAAAACUCAGAUAGCCUAUUUUGUAGCAUAGGUUUUGCUUUGCAAGCUGGCAUAAUAAUAAAGGUUCCAAGUUUUAGUUCCGGAUCGGGACAGCAAAAAGACAAAAAUGUGAGGAUUCCGUCCAAUCUAAUUUUUUGAGUCUUUCAAAGAUUAUUUAACUACUCUCGAACAGAAACUGACACAAAAAUUUCUAAGUUCAUAUUCGAAAAGAGUGCAAAAUUUUGGUCCUAACUCAUAGGUUUUCACUCACUGAGAAUACUUUCUAGUGAGUCAAAAGUGCACAAACAUCUUGUGCAAAAACUUUUCGAUCAGCCUUUACUACCGAUUAGACUGAAAUUCACAUAAUAGGUCAAUGAAUGAAUAGUUUCUCCGCAUUAAAAAUAAUUUCUGAUGAAAUGCUUGCAUAUGCAUAUUCUUUGAUCUUCGAAAGCUUAGCAUCAAUAUUCUCGAUGAUUUGAAUUAUUACUAAUACAAUAUUUCGCAUUUAUAAUAAUCAUCUAUUGCAUAAAGAUGUCAACAGUUUCAUAUAAAAAAUAAUAACCUUGAAUGAAUAAUUAUUUUGCUUGAGUCAUUAGGAUUUAUAUUUUUGACAACAAAUUUGUAUAGAAUUGACAUGAAACUGUUAUUUUCUUUCUAUUUGAUGAUAUUUUAAAGAUAUGUAUUUAAUGACAAAUGAGUUCUUUCUGUGGUGUUUUGUAAUGUUUGUUUCUUUGCUUUUCUUAUGCAACAUUCGCACGUCACAUUUGAUGAAUUUCAAAUUGGACGAAUAAAAAUCUCAAACAAUUAUUUACAAUCAACUUUUUUUGUUGAUGUCAAUAAUUAGAAAAAAUAAGAGCAAAUCAAUAUCUUAUUCGUUGUAUUCUGCUUAAAAUAUAUCAUGAUAGAUGUUUGAGAAAAAGUGAAAUCUGACACUUAAAAAUUUUCAUAUCAAUCAUGAAUCGGUUUCUUUUGUCGAUAUGAAGAAAAUAUCAGUAUAUUUUAAGUAGUUAAAAUAUUGGUCAUCAGAGACAUAUACAUUCAUAUUGUCUAAGCUAGACAUGUUUUUUAAUAUUCGUUUGAUCUAAAAUAAUUUCUUCAUGAGUUUUUCUUUUACAUACGAAGCACAACAUAUUCUUCUUUAGUAAUUUCAUUUCAAGUUCGUUUUUUUCCUAUGAUUACAUUUUAUCAUGAAUCAUGGAGCCAAAAAAAGAAUUCUUUCGUCAUUUGUUGAAGUGUCUGAUAUACUUUAACCUUUGACAAGCCUUACAUCACCUGUAAGAAAUACGGACAGCAUAGAAGGAAACUGCCGAAAAACAAAAUUCAAUAAAAAAAGUCAAUAGGGGAAACUGAUGACAGAAGUCAAACAUUUGUCCUUUCAUAAGUGGAAAAUACCUAGAAUUUGUUUAUUUAUAUUUUUUGUGUUUUAUUAAUAUUGGAAAAAAACGGAGACAUUCGUGUAGAAGAAUUAUUUUACAAACUGUACAAAAAAUUAUUUAAUUAUAUUGUGAGAAAAAAAAAACGAAAUAAAUUUAAGAGUAAAUCAAUGUUCCUGAAAAAUAUUUAACCAAAUCGUUCUUUGUUAUUUUUGAGUCAAAAUUUAAUAAUAAGAAUUUCAAUGAUUGUGUUUUUAUUUUUCAUGUUUAUUUUAUGUCUGUUGAUGGUGCAAUAGUUAGUAGCGAUUAAAAACAAUAUCAAACGAGGCAAAUUACAAAAGAGAGAAAUUCUUAUGAGAAAAAAUUUUGUAAAUGAAAUUAUGGCAGAUGAUAAACUAUCGAAUCAGCAUGCAUUUUAAUGUGUCAUGGAGGAUAUCAUGAGUCAAAUUUUUUAUGCCAAACAGGGAGAGAGAUAUAGAGAAAAUAAAGGGUUACUAAACAGUCAGAGUAGACUCAUAUAAUGACGGCAUGAUAACAAAUCAGAAAUAAAAUUCAUGAGUCAAUCUAUAUACCCUUAUUAUCAACAUAUCUAGCUAUCGAUUACGAGAAUAGUUAGCUGUAGUAUCUAUAGAUUACGAAAUAAACGAUAUUAUUUUUACAGGGCACGAAAAAAGAAACAGAACAAAAAAAGAAAAAAGAACCUAAUGUAUAAACAAAAUACCUGUCACAGUUUUGCUUAACAUCUUUCUUCUUUGAAUAAAAAGGAAAAAACAACAAAUAGGGUCGUUAUUCUUUCUAUAAAUAAGCUGUCGGUUUUACAGUAUAAGAAUCCUCAACAAAAAGAAACCAUUCAUACAACACUAUGAUCUGCACUGCUUUCUGUUUCUAAUCGUCGUGUGUCAUCGUAUUCAGCUUUUGUGGCAUCAACGAAUUUUCACACGACAUUUCUUACGUAAUAUUGAAUCAAGUCAAAAGCAAUCAGUAGGUUUUUCUACCUUAUGUUUGUUUUUUCCGAUAAACGAUGUUUUCGUCAUCUAUCUUGCAGUGUACUGUAUUUCACCGCAAAACCAAACAACACCAGAAAAAUGUCUAUCUAAUCCUUGGCAUGGAAAAGGUUUUUGUGAACCUAAUCAAUACAAAGCAGCUAUUGAUCGCUGUGAAGAUGGACAUAAAUCAUGUGACUUAGGCAUUGAAAUUUAUAAAGAUCUUGUUAAAGUUCUUGAACUUUGUUCCCAAUCUUUACGUACAUGGUCAUCGAGAAGUCAACAGAAAGUUGCUCAAUCUAAAGAAUUUGGUACUACAAGAACAGCAUGGUUCGAGUCUAUACAAGCAAUAGAAAAAUUAGCUGAAAGAAAUGAAGAUAUAACUACAAAUAUUCAGCAAAAUGUUAUUGAUAAAAUGACUGCUUAUAAAAAAUCAAAAUAUGAAAAAUCAUUUCUUCAUGUGAAAAAAGUUAAAGAAUUUGAAAAAGAAUUUAAAAAAGCACAAAAACAAUGGUUGGAAUUAUUAGAUAAAAUUAAUGAAGCAAAACAAGAAUUUCAUUAUGCAAGUCGAAAAUUACAUAGAGCUAAACGAGCAGAAAAUGCUAUUACAACAGAUUUAGGUAAGACUGACGAAGAAAAGAAAACAGUAAAAGAUAGUGUUGAUCAUUAUGAACUUGAAACAGAAUCAUGUAGAAAAAAAUAUUCUAAAUUAAUUAAAGACAUGGAAGUACAACAACCAACUUAUGAACAAGAAAUGUUUAAAAUACUAGCACGUACAGAUGAUUUUGAGCGAGAUCGUUUAAAUCAAUUAAAACUGAUGUUCAAUGCUCUUCAAGAAGCUAUAUCAAUUGAAAAGGAUACACGUCAUACAGAAAUGUCUGUCUUAUUUAAAAAAGCAAUGGCCAAACAAGAUAUCAAUAACGAUAUUGAAUUUUUUAAUAAACAUUAUGGCCGUGAAACAAAAACCAAAUGGCCUGUCUUUGAAGAUGUACAUGAAUAA